AUGCCAGUUGGGAACUUGUUGCUUUCUUCUUCAAUUCUUUUAACGGGUAAGUCUCCCUAUUGUUAUCUCUUUUUUAAGUUGCGUUGUAUGCCUGGUCCGUUGAAGACCUAUUGACAGGAGAUGCGGCUACUUUAUGGUCUUGAACGAAAUGAACAGAGUAUGGCAAAUCUGUAUCUAGUUCCUGAGUGAAGGCCGUUGUAUUUUUUUCCUUUUGUCACAGGAAAUUCUGCCGCUAAAACCUUACGGAUGUUUAACAUUAUGAACGUGGCGUGCAUAUCAGAGAGCACCUACUACCGUCACAUCAAAUCGUACGUAAAUCCCACUAUUAUACAGCAGUGGAAAUCACAUCAACAGCAGCUCUUUAAUACUCUUAGCAGUCAGGAUAACGGACUGGUUCUGGCACAAGGAUGGAAGGUGCGAUUCCCCUGGUUACUCCGCGAAAUUCGGUUCAUACACGUUACUCGAACAGCAAAAGAACAGGGUGUUGGACUUCCAACUAGUUCAGGUUAGUGAUUCUAGUAUGUAAUUCCAAUGUCUCCCACAUUUUUUAAAAAAUAACUAUGUGAUUUCCAGUGUUGAGGCAAAAUAAAAAUAUAUCGAAACGUUUGAUCCUUAUUAGAGCAACGAGGUGCGGAACAGUUCUUGGAUGGAACAUGAGGGUUUAAAACGGGCCAUUCAAGUCGUUUCUAAUGCCAGACUGCAAAUAGCGGAGAUCAUCACCGACAGACACAAGCAGAAUACCGCUUGGAUUCGAACGAAUUUGCCUGACUCUCGACACUAUUUUGACAUAUGGCAUGUGUCUAAAGGUAAUGAGGGCUAAAAAGUCAACCCCAAUAGUUUACUCGAGAUAACAAUCGCAUCCACACAACGACUAAAAUAGUUUGUAAUACAUUCUAUCCAGUUAAGCUCCGGUUGUCGCGUAUGGAAUAAUUCGUUUUCUGACAUAUAUGACCCUCAUUCUGAACAGGUUUAUGCAAAAAGAUUGACAAAUUAGCGAAAAAAAAAGAGUGUGAAGAUGUCGGUGAGUGGCGACAGUCUGUAUCAAAUCAUAUGUAUUGGUGUGCUGCCACGACACCAGAUGGUAAUGGGCGUAUGAUGCAGGAAAAAUGGAAAAUAUUACCCCUGCACAUCCAGAACAUUCACGUCAAUCAGAGCAGCGAACUCUACAAAGAGUGUGGACAUGGUGAACUAGAGGGAGAAGCAAGGGAUAGACUUUGGCUUCAACCAGGUUUGUAGACAAAAAAAAAAAAUAACAUCCAGUAAUUCCUCUAUUGCCAUCUCAAGUUAUAGAAUAGAAGGCUACAUUUUCUGUCAGAAUCAAGGAAAACCUUUUAAUUAGAAUAAGGCCAGUGUCAUUAACACUGUUUAGAUGACAGAAAAGGUGUCCACUAAUUCACUAAUCAGGAAAUUAAAAUGAACCACUCUAAAAAAAAAACGACAAAACGUUAUAACGUGACGAGAAAAAGGCACAUAUAUACAAACAUUUACAAACAGUCACCUUUAUGUACGGGAAUUUUGACGACAACUAGGUCCUCAAUUUCACAGGCUCAACUGCUGCUGUCAAGCUCGAGGAGCUGGUAACAAAGCCCCAACUGCUGAAGGACAUUUCUCAGCUGUCCCCUAAGUACCAGACUUCCGCCCUUGAAGCCAAACAUAGCCUUGAUCUACACUUCGUCCCAAAACAUACCGCUUUCUCGUACUGGGGGAUGUACACAAGGUUUGUGUCUCUAAUGGAUUAAUAGUUACCAUAAUAAACUUUUGAGAUUGGUCUAUUGUUUUCCUUUAAUUUCUUUUUCAGUAUUAUUUUCUUCUUCUAAGCUAUGGACUCUUUCCUUUUACUUAAAGUUAGCCUAAUGGUUCUUUCCCCGCCCCUCUAAAAAUAUGAACCUUUCAGACUGUGCCUUUCUGCUCUGCACUACAAUGAAAAUGCUGACAGGAUGCAAGCUGUAACUGUAGACGGGAGACCACGCUAUGCCAUCAGGUUUCCUAAAGCCAAACACGGGGGAUAUUCAGUGAGAGAAGUUAAAACAAAAGCAACCUAUGGUGGGUAAAUAGUUAAAACAUAGCCUGUGUAUAGUCCCCCCCCCCUCCCCUUGGAUAAAAAUGGAGAAGGGGCCCCUUCUCAGCUUUUUACUGAGGGGAGGGGGCGCUGUACACAGGAUACUUAUAACAUAGAUGUUUCCAUUCCCCUGAAGAAGAAUAUUGUAAAAAUUAAAUUGCUGUUCUGUAUAUUUUGAGAUCAUUUGUUAAGGCAACCAUUAUCUGCAGCCACAUUUGCUUAUGGUAAAAAUGAUUUUCACAUAGCACAGUAACCUGUGAAUUUCAUGUCACACAGACAGAUAUGACAUCUGAAUGAAAACAUUUCAAUAACUAAACUUGAGGUUCACUCCUACAGUAUUACGUACCUUUUUAUUUUAGGUUAUUGCUCAAGUACCAUAACCAAAGUCUUUGCCGGCUAUGAAGACAAUUCAAGGGCCUUAAAGACCUACAUGUUGAACCUGCAAGUGAAUACCCCACCACCACUUGCUGCCUCCAUAGAGAGACCCAACAGAGAGGAGGCAAUAAAUUCUUUCAUUAGCAGAUACAAUCGUUCCAGCCUAGUCAACUAA